CGCCCGGCGGGAACGGCAGCCUGGGCCGCCGGACACGGAGAACAGCGGUGGGAGAGCGGGGCGGGGGAACUGCUUUGUGGCCGCUCCGUCUGCGCGUCUCCGGGCGGACGACUCGGCAGCUCGUUGUCUCUCGGUUGUUAGGGAAGCCCUCGGAAGGUCUCAGCGGACAACAGCUCGAUUCGCAGAGCUGCCCCGCCGCUGUCGGGGUGAGGCCCCGUCCACAGCCGAGUGGCAUGGACCUGGCCGUCAGGGAACGGCUUUUGGCGGCAGAGAGCCGCCGAGAUGCAGAGGCUUUAGAGAAUGCGUAUGAGUUGAUCAAAUCAGCCAGCCAAGGAAAAUCCGUGCUCGACUCAUCAGAUAACUUCAGCACUGACUUAUAUGUUUUAUGUGCUGAACAAGCAAUUCAGCUGGGAUAUUUGGAAAUGAGCAGUGACUGCCUGCAGAUGUAUUUUAAAGGAAAAUUUACCAUGAACCAGUUCCUUGGCAGAGCUUAUUUGUGCCAAGGCCAGUUGCACACUCCACUCUCUACAGAUAAUUUGGAAGAGUUUGAGAAGUUUGUGAUGUUUUUUAUGAAGGCAAUAGAUUUUGCCAUUUCUGAUCAAAGAUACUAUUUUUUGAUAUAUAAUGCCUCAGUUCUUUACUGGCAGCUUGUGAGGCCAUAUCUUAAGCCUGGGUUCCGCUAUUGUCUUAUUCCCAGUCUUUCUCAGAUUGUUAAGGCAUUAAACCAAACUGAAGAACAAGACAGUGAAUGGAGAGCAGAACUCAUGAUAAAUUUACUGGAAUGUUUCCUUGAUGCUUCAAAACUGAAAGAUGCAGAAGAGUUUUUGCUUACUGCAGCAACCUUUAUUAAAGAAAAUGUUCCAGAUAAAUAUUCUCGAUUAUUUUCUCUAAUGGUGUAUCACAAACUAAUAGACAUUUCCCAGGUAGAGAAAGAGAUAGAGCAUUCCAUCCAUUUUUCAGUUAUUUAUAAGAUGCAGACGUUAAAAUCGCAGUGGGACACAAAUGAGUUUCCAAGUGAUGCCGCUGAAAAUCUGAAUUCUUUGUAUGUACUUUUGAAACAAUAUGAGGUACCUCCAGCAUCUGUUCUCACUUUGAAGAUUCCUUUGAUUCUGGAGUUAGCUCGAUUUUGUAUGAAAGUAAAUUACAAGAAGCUUGCCUAUGAUUGUAUUCUUGAUUUGAAGAGAGCUGAGAUUACUGAGAAAGGGAAACUUAUUGAAAUACAAUGCCUGGAAAGUGAAUAUGAAAUACAAAAAAUGGACACCACAAUUAGGACUUACACCAGAGGAGUUGUUGAGGCUCAGCUGGAAGUGAUAAAAAAUCUUGAGUUGACCUUAAAACGUGCAGUUCAGUUGGGAGAUCCUGGUGUGAUUCAGGUGGUUUGUACAACCCAGUGGAAUCUGUGCUUACCAUUGCUGCAGCAUAAUUUGCGUCAGCAUGUGCGGACACCAUUGAUUGCGGUUGCUGAUGUGCUUGAAGGGAUUGACAGCAUGAUGAUUUUGUUCCGAUGCCAAGUUCAUAUGGAAAUAGCUCGUAUUGAAGAAGAUGGAGACAGAAUGGAGGCUGCUAUGGAACAUGUGCAAAAGGCUAUGCAUUUAGACAAAAAGGGGCAGCACCAGGAGUAUCUGAGACUGACUUUUAACCGCCUUCGUCUGUGCACUGCGCUGCGUAAUACACCUGAGCGUCCAGAGGAUCAGGCAGCAGUGAUGAUUGAGCAGGCUAAAAAGGGAGAGCAGAAGGGUAACAUGCGAAAAUGGAGGUCCCUUCUGGUGAAUGCUGGUCGUGCAUUAGCUCCUGAUUCGUUUCAUAUAGUCCUGGACAGUGAGAAUGAAGCUAAAGUUUCCUCAGAUAAAAGUAUGAGUCAGAUAAGCUACCUCUGUGCAAAAGCACAACAUCAUGUUAAAAGUAUGGAGAAAGCUGAUGAGCAUUUGAAACAUUUUGGAGGUGAAAAUUACAGAGAGAGAGUUAAACUUUGGGCAGAUCUGGCAAAAGCUGCACGUAAAGGAGAAGUGUGGGAUGUCUGCCGUGCAGCGUGCAGAUUUUGUCUCUUGUAUGAGGAGUCUUUGUUUAGGAAGGUAUCAAAACCCCCAGAAACACAGAACAAGAAACCUAUUACAGCUAUGAUGGAUGAUGAUCAAGGUGACAGCUUACCAGGAGAAUCAGUACUGUCUGCUAAAUCCUUCUCUUUUGAAAGCAGUUUACUCAGAAUAUUAGCAGAAAUAAGGUUCCUUAAUGCAGAGGCAACUGUUCAUUUAUUAAGAUUGCAGGGAGUUGAACUAAAUGAUUAUGCUGUACCUCCACAAGGUGCAAGUUCGUAUCUUCCUGAAAAUGAUCCAGAAUGGAAAACAUACAGUUCAUGGAUAGACUGCUUAUCUCAGUAUGCCAUGGAAAACUUUCAACGUGCAGCUGAAAUUGGAGAAGAGCUGAACGAAGCCUGGAUUGUCCACAGUGCUGUGGUAUAUGUCUUAAACUACAAUAGACAUCUUAUCUCUUCAGGAAGGCAGAGGCAAAUAAUUGAGUACCUGCAGACCCUUCUUGGAGCCGUCCGGACUGUUGGGCAUGAUGGAAGUGCUACGAUUCUGUUGAUGUUAUGUGAUGCUUUAGCUCGGGGUUUAAUGCUUCGUUGGAUUCCAAAGCCAACAUUUUCUGACAAGGAAAAUAAAGAUGCAGCAACAGGCAGAAGCGAAAAAGCUGCAGCAAAGAAACAUGACAAAGCCAAUGUCAGCCUGUCUUUUUCAGUAGAUCCCAGUGGGGUUCCUGAUACCAAGACUGCCUUAGAGAUUUGUGAAUUUGCCCUAAGUGUGGCAGCUGGAGCCAUGCCCAGUGAAGCAAUACCUGUAGCCACACAGCAACAGAUCAUCGCUACAUGGGUAAAAGCCAAGCAGUUAAAUCAGCAGCAGAUCAGACACAAGCUUUGGACAGAGGAGGAGAGUAACGAAGAAGCACAAAACCUUACGGAAAGAAUUCUUGUGGGACUAGAAAUGCAUUCGUGUAAUGGGCUGGGCUUCAUGGAUUUUGCUGUUCCUAGCUUAUCUCAGUUAGUGAAACUGGCUUUGGAAUGCAGUUGGUCAGAUUCCUUAGUGGAAUUGCAGGUACUGACACGACUGAUGUAUUUUGCGUACGAAUCCCAUGACUACGAGAUAGUGAUGGCUUGUUCCAAAAGGAUCUUGCAAAUAGAUGAGAACUUUUUACACAGUAGAGAUGCUGAGAAACAUGAAAUGCUUCAAAGCACAGAGAGACAAGAGCUGUUAAGCAUUGCUGCCUGUAUACAAGGAAAGAGCAUAAUGGAAAAUUCCUCUGGGAGAAAACAUGUGCGUGUGGCAGCAUCAGAAGCCUUCGUCCAGAGUGCCAGGUUCGCAGGGAAAGCUGGAAGUUAUCCCCUUGUAAUGUUUGCAGCCAAACACUUCUGGAAUACAUGUUUGCCCUUGUUAGUUUCUCCUCAAGACAGACAGCAGUUUAAAAAACCUGCUGAAAUAAUUCUUAAGAACAUAAUCAAAGUAGAAUCUGAAAAUAAACAGGACAGGAAAGAGUUGUUGCCUUUGCAUCAGUGGAUUACAAAGGAUUUUCAAAGUAUUGGACUGUCAGCUGGAUGUUUUCUCCCAGGCGCUGAAGAAGAUCUGACAUUAAGAACCUCUUUGUAUGGGUUACUAUUCCACAUACAUGCUGAUGAAGCUGAGUGGGAGACAGCACUGAAAGUUCUGGAUGAAGCUGUUUGGAUUUUGCCUCAGACAAGACACAGGCUAUUGAUUUUUAAACACAGAGCUACAGCAAAGGCAAGAUUGGGAUGCAAUUUUAUGGUGGACAUGGAGAAACUGAGAGAGGAAAGUGAAGAUCGUUUGUCACAAAUGUGGCGUCACCUGGUAACAGUCUCCAGCAGUACUGUGGGACAGUUAAACUGUUUCCAGAACGCCAUCACUACUUUACAGAAACAAGAAAAUGACUGGCAGAAAGUUGACUACCUGCUGGAAUUCGCUCAGUGGUUAUACUACAGUCAGUUUCCCCUCAGUGAUGUCAUUAAACCUCUGGACUGGGUGGUAGAUCUCUUGCUACAUGUGAAACUUCCUACACUGUUCUCACAAGAAGAAAGGCGUACUGUACCACAAUUUUUGCCUACAGAACACUUGAAGGUAGACACUGGAUCAGAUGAUGCCAUGGCCCAAAUGACUUUGGAAGAUCUGAGCAAUAUUAAACAACUGGAAGCUUUGUUUAGGGUACAGACAUUGGUGGCUUUCAUUUCUGGCCAUAGUUCUCCUCAUCAGCAGCACUGCAUGAUGGCCUAUGCUUGCAUCCUCCGGAUCUGGCAGGUGUCACUGUCAGCAGCAGGAUCUGUUGCGAAGGUGCUAUCUCAGUCUUCACAAGUUACAGCUCCUCAGAAGGCUCAGUCCAUAAAUGCUCCCAAGAAAGAGGACAAAAGGAAAGAGCAGCAAGCUGAAGAGUCAGUUGUGACAGAGAAGCCGAAAGGCACAGGAUCAGCUGAUACCUUGCCAGCAAGCGUGGAAGAAUGGGCUCAUUAUGACUGUCCCAGAGAAAUCAGAGAUGCUUUCAGACGGGAAACAAACAGCUAUGGAAUUAACCGGGAUAAUUUCCCCAACCCUAUUCGCACUUUGUAUUUUAUGGACCUUUUCUCUAAAGAGCUACAGAAGAUUUUUUGCCCCCACUUGAUUCUUCCCGUCUUUCAGCUAGCUGAAGUGAUUGCUAAUGAAGUUGUGGGAAGUAGAAGUUUGUCUGACCUCUAUCACCUUCGAAUUGCCCUGAUAUGUGCAGACCUAAAUCUGAGUCAGGCAUCUUUGUAUCAUGAGAAAGCUGCUGGAGAAGCACACAUUAGUGAAUUGGAACAAGCAAUGUGUAGGCAUGAGAUUGCACUGACAAAAGAGAAGGUGGCACAUACUGAAAAAGAAGAUGGAAAAACAGUUUCUGACAAUGCUCAGGUGUUUGAUUUCAAUACAGUAGCAGGAAAAGGACCAAGUGCACUUUCUUUCCUUUACUUGUGGAUAGAAAAGGCUGAAGUACUAAUUCAGCUAGGCUUGUAUCAACAAGCAAGACAUCUUCUUUCAGAGGCCCACAGUGCAGCUCAGGAACUGGGAGCCCUGCGUGAUGUGUCGAGGUGCUUGUACUUACUUGCUGUACUGGCCAGCCUGGAAAGAAACCACAAGCAAGCUAAAGCACUCCUUGAGAAAGCACAGCUUCUAGGAGGGAACGAAGAGUUUUGGUACAACAGUACUCUCGGCCUAAUAGAAGCAGUUCUAGAGGGAGAGGGGGAAGGAAGACAGAGCAUGGCUUGUGAGAUACUCGAGCACACUGUAGAUGUGCUCAGAUCUGCUUUAGUGAAGAGACCCAACAGGCAGUCAGAGUUGGGUUUUAUAAUUGCAUCCCUUGAAGCCAGGAAAACAAUUAUUCAGAUACAUUCUAUGAUAGUUAAUGCUGAGCCCUGUCAGUUGCCACAUAUGUUACAGGAGUCUUGCAAUAAAUUAGUUCAGAGUCAGAAGGACUUCUUUCAUCAUGGGCAUAAAAACUGCAGUGCUGAGAUCCUGCUUGAAUGUGCAAAUGUCCACAGGAUGAUUGCCAAGCAGGAAAGAAAUAAAGAGGAAAAACGUAAUCACUAUCUGGACGCUUUUAACUUGGCUCAGAGGGCAGUAUCUGAAACAGAGGAAGUGUUUCAUGAUGUUUGGAGUUUGUUUGCAGUACAGACUGCAAAUGUUAGUACCCCAUUAAUGAGGCAACUAGCUAACAGGAAAAUAAAUCUUGUAGAAAUUGCUUUGGAUAUUUUUCAUCUUGUUAUUACUGAGAAAAAGCUUAAGCAAAAGGGAAAGGCAUCAUCUCAUGAACUCAUGGAGGCAUUCAUCAGGGGAACUGCUGAGGAUGAUGCAACAGAACAGGACUGGGAACGUAUGGAAUAUACUGUGGGUCAUACUGCACUGGCUCAGUUAGCAAACCUACAGCAUCUUUGUAGAGGCUGCCCUCACAUCAAAUCCAAAUGCCUGUACCUCACUGGAAAAACUCUCCGUUUGCUUGCCAUUAACGUGGAUCCUGUACAUUCAGAGCUCUACUGGGAGCCAGAUGUCAUGGAAGAAGCUAAUUCAAACACUUCCAAAUCUUCCCUGGCUCCAGCAGAAUGCAGUGAACAGGAAGUGACAGACAGCAACUUGCCAACUGACAAGAACCAGUAUGAUAAGUGUAUGAGGAAAGUCCUGGAGUUAAAGAAGGAACAUGGACUGUCUCAGAAAUACCUUUCUCAGUCCAGUGAAGCUUUGCUGCAGUCUAUAGGUAUUGCAUUCAGUCAUAAUGUUACUGAUGUCCUGGCUCCCGCUAGCCUGGAAAUGGUUGAAUGCUUUCAACAAUUUGAUCCAGUCUCAAGUAGCCAGUUUUUGGCCCUUCAUCAGAGCUGUUCAGCAUCUCUGACAAUGAAGAGUAUCCUUCUGACAGCUACAUCAAACACCAGCAGCUCUCAGCUGGCAGCACUACUGCACCUUCAGAAUCAUUUACAACAACACAGAAACACAAGUGAUCUUCUAAAAAAGGUGGAACAGCAACUGGCUGCUACUUCAAUGGCAUGGAAAAAUCUCUGUGUUCCUGUUGAACAUUUUAACAUUGUGGAUGAAUUGCCCCCUAAUUUCUGUGUAAUUAUUCUCCAGCAUUCAGAAGACAGAUCAAAUGUGUACAGAUCAUUGAUUGAGAGGUCAAAAGUAAAUACUGCAGAGCAAAAAGGAAGACCCACGCAGCCGACAGUGCAAGCAAAAGUUUCCCGGUGUCCUGUAAAUCCUGGUACAUAUUCUAUUUUGAUGGAAAAACUGCAUCUUUACAAGCAGCAGCAGCAGCAGCAGAGUGAUAACUUCAAACAGACUGUCAUUCAAAACUUGAAAGACUGUGUCUCCAAAAAAGAUGAGAUUCCCCCAGUGAAAGCAGAUGGCAACGGGCAUGAUGUGACAUCAGAUUUCUCUGAAAUACUAGAGAUGAUGGAAGAGUAUCUGGAACCAGUGCUCUCCCAGUGCGAUCUGUCUGGUGUCGGAGAAGCGAGCGCAUCAGGUUCAGCAGCUGAAUCAGGAACAAUAAAAGUGAAAGAUAAGGACACCAAACACACCAGAAAGCAGGGCACGCCUCCAGACAUGGGACUCUGUGUGGUGUUACUAGGAGAUCGAUUAUUUAUGGAACUGCCUUUGGAAGCCCUGAGUAUUUUUAAAGGGAAAGGAAUAAGUUCUGUAUGCAGAGACUUUUCUCUCCUGAUUCUCUACAAUCGAAUACACCUGGCUGAGUCAGAGAUUGAAGUUAAAGCAGGUGCUGAAAUAUCGAAAAAAACAAGCCCAAAAGCUCAUCAGAAAAAGAAUGCCAAAAAGGCAUCAGUUAAUCGUGAUUUGCCUUCUAAUUGCUUGUCUGUUGAUGCUCGUAAUUUUAAAUAUAUUGUGGACCCCUAUAAUGAAGGACGAAAUGCAGAAGCUUUAAGCCCUUCCCAGAAAAUGAAGGAAAUCCUAGAAAAACAUCGUUCCCCAUUUACACUGCAGUGGGAAGGAGUUACUGGCAGUGACUGUGUUCCAAGCCAAGCUGAAUGGGAGCAGCUGCUGACGAACUGCAGUGCAUUUCUCUUCUUUGGCAUGGAGAGAUUCCUGUCUCACGUUUUACUCGACAGUCUGGUUGCUAUGAAUAUCCCAAAGUGCCGUCUGAUGAUACUUCUGGAUCUGGUGCGCUCCAAGGAAAGUUACCAGAGAACUGCAAACUCUGGGAUCCACAAAAACUAUCUGCAUGUUGCUGUGGAGGAACCAACAGAGACAGCAAUGCUCCUAAGCCUUACCGGUGUUGGGUCCAUCAUAGCCAACCAGUGGUUCACGACCUUGCAGGAGAACGCAGAGAGGCUGGACAUUCUGUCAGAGAGUUUGCUGAGCAUGGGUAGAACAACUGGUCAGACAGUCCGUGUUCUUCAGGAGACUAUGACUGCCAAGGGAAGGGAUUCCAUUACAAUGCAAGUGGGUUCUCACAGCUCUCCUGGAUGCAAAGCUGAAGAUGAGACCAUCCACCAUUGCUCAGAUCUCCCUGAGACUCCCCCAUCAUCUCUGAAUUGUGUGCUGUAUGGAUUACCCAACUCAGUGCUGAUGUAAUUUGUUAUUCACACUAGUAAUGGCACUGCACUGUGCACAGGGCAUGUGCUGUGGCAGAGCUGUCUUCCUGUGUGGCCUGAGGAGUCAGGAGCUGCAGAAGGUGCAUGUUCUGGUGACAGGCUGAGCUCUGCUCCAGACACCGGGAGUUUGAUAGCAGAGUAGGUGUUAGGAAAUGGUCAAAGAACAUUUCCUGAAGAGAUUUCAGUUAGCACCCUAAGGUUUUCUGAACUCAGUGAAUCCCUUAGAAGAAUUUGGUGACCACCAUAGCUAGUACUCAUGAUGGCAUGAGUACGGACCAAAAAACCUUUCUUUUACACAUCUUAUUUGUACAUGGAAUAGUUGUCAGGAGUGCAGCUGAAAAAAUUACCAAUUUACUUUAUUCACAGUGAAUUAAUUUUUAACUUUUUACAUAGAGGUAGUUGUGGUUUAGUUAGAAAAAAAAUAAGGUAGUACUAAAUAAAAUGUUUGGUAAAUGUUGCUUGCUUUAUUUCCCAUUAAAUUAUUCCAGAAUCCCAAAUGCAAUUAUUACACAGAUUUUGCAAUAUGCUCUAAUAAUCAGCAAUGCCUUUUUAAAAUGGAUAAUUUAAAACUUUGUUUGUGGUGGUAACAGUAGAAAUAAAUGUAUAGUAAUUUAGCACUGACAAA